AUGGCAGAAGAACAACAACCCCUCAUUUCCGAACAGGAGACUCCACCAAUGCCGACACAUUCUCAAACACCACUAACACAGGCUAUGCUAUCUGCCAUACUCGUGGACAUAUCCAUCGCACAUUCAAGCGUCCCUAUCGGACACCCUCCUCCUCCAGCAGCACAGAAGACAUCCAAUUUCAUCGAGUCCACACGUUUCACGACACUAGAAGGGAUGGUCAAUCAGUUGGCGACCAACAUGGCCACCAACAUGAUAGAGCUCAUGGCCAUGCUCAGUCAUCAGAAUCGGGCAUCAUCGAGCUUUACUUUGCCUCUGGAGCGCAGGCCACCUGUAGAUCCGAAUCCGCUCAUUCCUCCGAUCUAUGUUACGGAUUGUGAGGACAUAGCUUUCUCUGCAAUGACAUAUGCACCGGCGGUCCAUCCGAUCAGUGAUCCCCUACCGCCACCACCCGCUCCUACAGCAGUUCCUCUGCCACCAGCAGCUUUCUUAUCCAUGGACUCAACCACGCAUGCUUUGCCACCGCUAGCUAUACCCCUUCAACUCCCAAUCUACACUAUUCCACCACCGACGGUCCCUCUGGUCACAAUGGCUCAGGCUCUUGUUUCCACUAUGGACCAUUUCCCUUUCCAAGCUCCACAACCCCAAACUUUCCAGGAUAGUCUUACUGGACCAGCACUAGAUUGGUUCAUGGCUCUGAAAGCCGGCGAAGUCCCCACGUGGACAAAUCUCUACCAGAAAUUCCUUGACUAG